CCCGCCACCCAGCCUCUCUCUCUAUCACGACUAUUCUCAUCGCAAAAGCUGGGUUUCGCGCCCUAUUUUAUCCGGAAAUCUUGUCGACGCGCUUUGAUUCGAGUAUACGCGCCGUCUAGUGUCUUUUUGUCCGAGUUCCGACUGAGGAGGACAGAUUCUCCUUUUCUUUGCCCUGGCUGGUCAGCUGUUCAGGGGUUCGACAAUUCCUUGAAACCGGGAGAUCUCUUUACUGAGCAUCUUGCGGUUACUUGCUCGAACCUGGUGCUCCCUGCAACGCAUACAACAGUCCUGUUGAGAUUACAGACGACUUCGAUUUGAAUUAUCCACCAUGGCCGAUGAUUUUGAUGCCGAGUUGCUCGCGUUGGCGGGUGACGACUCGGACGAGGAGACUUCGCCCCAAGCGAAGCAGAGCGCGGCGUCGCCUGCACCAUCACAAUCUCGCUCUCCGGAACCAGCGAGUCGCAAAGGGACCGCUAAAUCCUCGCGAAAAGGUAGAAAGUCACGGAGGGAUGAGGAGGAUGGAGAGGUGUCUGAUGCAGAAUCCGCCAGCAUGUCAGAAUCAGAUUCUGAAGCUGAGUCGUCGCCGGAUGUCGAUGGUGAGGGUCCGAUAUUCCCGUACGACAAGUUAUACUAUUCUGCGAAGGAUAAGCAGGAGAUUAUGGCCAUGCCGGAAAUUCAGCGAGAAGAGAUCCUUUCCGAACGUGCCCAGCAGGUCGAUCGUCACAACCAGGAUAUCGCGCUGCGUCGUCUUUUAGCAUCCCGGGAGCGUGAAGAGGCUCGACAGGCGAAGAAGAACAAGCGGAAGGCUAGCUCGGCGGGAAUAGAUGAUGUCCAACGCAAGAGCUCUAGGCAAAAGACUACACUCGGUGGUCGAAAGGUUGGAGAAGCUUCUGGUGCUAUUGAGGCCUACAAGCGACAGCGAGAGCAAAAGGGCAAGCGAGACGAACUGCGGCGCCGUGACCCUAGUAAAGAAGUCGGUCGGGCCAAGGAUGAGAGUUCUAGUGAAGACGAUGCUGGGGGAGAGAGCGAAGCCGAGUGGGACGACCGGGAUCGUUCGCCUUCACUACCCAAAGAUGAUCCUCCUGCCGAGUUACGCGAUAUCCAACGUGCUCGUGUAGGACGAAGCAACUUUGCGCAAGUCUGCUUCUACCCUGGAUUCGAUGAUGCCAUUUCUGGUUGCUACGUUCGAGUCAAUGUUGGGCCCAACAGGGAUACUGGCAUCAAUGAGUAUCGUCUCAGCUUGAUAAAGAGAUUUUCCGAAGGAAAGCCCUAUGCUAUGGAAGGUUCUAAUGGGCGGCCUUUUAUCACAAACCAAUAUGCAAUUCUCGUUCAUGGAACGUCAGAACGCGAGUUCCCAUUUGUUGCCUGUUCCGACUCUCCUAUUACCGAUCAUGAAUUCAACCGUUACCGCCAAACGAUGGCAGUCGAAGACUGCAAAAUGGCCACAAAGUCUAUGCUAGCAGAUAAAGUGGGAGACAUUAACCGGUUGCUAAACCACAAAUUUACAAACGAAGAGUUGAACGAGAAACUCCGGAAACAAGGAUCGUUGGACUCGAAGACAUCUGUCUUCAAGCGCAUAGAGACUGAAAAGCAACUCGCCCUUGCUAGGGCUUCUGGUGACGAUGCUGAAGUCGACAAGCUGCAAGCCCAAUUGUCCGAAUUAUCAGGACCGAAAUUGGCAAUCGGCUCGUCGCUCAACAAACCGCAACCCAAGAAACAGUCUGAGCAUGAGCGUCUUGCCGAGCUCAACCUACGGAACCAACGGCUUAAUUACCAGAACGUUAGGCGCGCUCAGUUGGAUGAGAGGAAAGCAACGAAGAAGGCUGCUGCUGCCAUUGCCCGUGGAGAGGCUGCGCAGGAUCCGUUCAUGCGUGUGAGAACAUUGGCCAAGACGCAUCACGAUUCCAAUGGUACUAGCAGUGCACCGCCGCCCAAGCCAGAGGUACCCGUUGACAGCCGCGAUGCUACACCAACAACCGGGCCGGACACUCCUGGCAAAGCUACACCGAAGCGGAGCGAAACACCUACCCAGAAGAAGUCCGUCAAGGGUGGCAUUGCAGGUAUUCGUCACCGUAACAUGGAUGACGAGAACAUUGCUGCUUUGGAUCUCGAUCUGGACAUCGAAAUAUAGUUUUCUUCACGAGAUGAGGAAAACACGGUGUCGAAAUCUUCACCAACCAACGCGGGAAACCUGCUAUGAACCAUCGCCACCCGAGUGUUGGUAUGACAUUUGAUACCCAUAGGGUUCUUCUCUAUACGCCGGUCGAAAUGGCAGCGAAUUACUCGAUUUGUAUAAUCCUGAUGGAGUUUCACGGGUGUAAAUGACACUUUUUUUUUUUUUUGCAUGGUAAUUUUGUAUACGGAGCACUACGUC